AUGGAAUUUGAAUUAUCUGAGAAGUUUGAGCGGAUUGAUUUUGAGAUCGAACAAGCCUUACAAGAUGUCGGAUACCACCGACGACGUUCGACUGAAGGUCACAUACAACCUUAUUGUAAUAAGGACUAUUCAAGGAAGAACUCUUUACAACCAGACUGCAGUGAUAUCCGGGCAGAUGACAAUUCAAUCAAUGGAAACAUAACUGAUAUGGAAAACAGGUUAAAUCAUGGCACUUCUAUGAAACGUUAUUGCAAUACUAGUGCUCAUGGUUCGCCUACGAAUGGUGAUACACCUACGGCUAAGGAUUUUAAACCAGCCUUCUGCAGAAAAAUGAUAACGGACUGCACCAAUGUGCUUAUUACUAACGCAGCAACAAACAAGUGUGCGCUCAUUAGCGGUGGACAAAAACAUUCUACACUCCAUUCUACGUCCGUCACCCUUCAAGGUAGACAUAAACGACCCAGAUCUCCCAUGAUGACAGAAACCAGUAAAUUACCGAAAGCCAGACCGCUUUCACCCCGCAAUAACCAUUCCAGUGAACAUCACGGUACUAGAUUAUCACCAGCACAGGAAAGGUUGGCGAAACCAGAUUCUCCUCGUCCUUCUCAAGAUUUGUUUGUGAAACUAAGCAGACCAAAGUCUCCGGCACCGAGGCUGAGAAUUCAAACAUCAGAGGUAUCACCAAAGGGUCAAGACUUGCAUCAGAAGAUAUUAUCGCCAAGACUAAGCAAGCCGGAGUCAUAUUUUGUAACAUCGAGCAAAGCUAGACCUAGAAGCAGUUCACAGAUAAGCAUUUCGCAUCGAAGAACUGUGAACGAAUCAGCUUCUUUACAAGAAUCAUCCGCUGCUGUGCUUCAAAGACCUCGAAGUUCUCCAUUAAGCCCACGAUUGACCCAACGCGCUUAUACUACACACAAAUACGAACCCAAAAAACCUCAAAGGGGAACAAAUGUGUUGGAAUCCAGUCCUAGACGAUUGUAUGGUUCAACAGUAAAUAGAAUAUACAGAGCAACGAGUCCUAUACGAUAUUCGAUACAGCAUCACAAAAACGUCUCUUUUGGCACCACCUCGGACUCUUCCCCUCGAAAAGGCUUAUCUUGUAACAUUAAUCAACACCCAAGGAGUGCCCCUAGCAGUCCUCUUUACAAUCACAGACAGAGUUUUGUUCCACACAUCUCCCUUAGUGCAAAUGAUGCUUCUGAAGACGACACUGAGGAUCUUGAGGACCAAGAUUCAGCAAGACCAAUUCCGACUAUAGUUGUAACUGACUGGGACACUUGUACUAGUCGGCCAAUUACCAAUUUUGAUACUGGAUCUAAUUCGAUUGUCGAACACGUUUUCAAAGACUCGGGUUAUGAUGUGAGAAGGCGCCAUUCUGAUCCCAGCACUGUGGACGGCUUCAAAGAAUCAGAUGCCCACUACAAAGCUAUGCUCCUAGAAAGAAGACGAUUCUCAUUUGGUGAUAAAUUACAACUGUCCGAUCGUGUCGGUUUAGAUAUAGAUAACCUCAUAUGA